AUGACACCUCUGAUGACUUUGGAGUCUUCCAGAGAGCCUCCGAGCUUGCCCUCCACACGAAUCAACUCGAAAUCCACGUCUUUACGUUCCAGAUCGGCAACGUUCAAAACGGUCUCGACUGCCAUCCGGGCAAAUUGGUCGUGGCAUUUGGACACGAUCUUCGAGCCCAACGACGUCUUGGCGGCCUUGAAUAGUUCACUGUUAACGUUGGUGUUGUUAUCCAAAUUCUCUGUGUCGAUAGCCACCUCGUCUGCAAUCUUGUCGAGUUGUUCGAUGGCGAUUUUACAGGCCUUGUCGAAACCGUGUGCGAUCUUAAUAGGAUGGAUUCCCUUCUCGAUGAGCUCGAGCGCCUGGUCCAACAGGGCACCUGUGAGCACCACAACACCGGUGGUUCCAUCUCCAAUCUCGUCGUCCUGCGAUUUGGAGAGUUCCACCAACAGCUUGGCAAUCUCGUUAUUCAGUUCCAUUUGUGACAUGAUGGUGGCACCGUCGUUGGUGAUGUUGAUUUCUCCGUCCGGCGAGAUGAGAAUCUUAUCCAGUCCACGAGGACCAAGAGAUGUCUUCAGAAUCGAAGCUACUUGUCUUGCGGCCAAGAUAUGUGAUUUGACCGCCUCCGUGCCGUGUGUUCUUUUCUUAGACCCCUGGUCCUUGACAAUAAUAAAUGGCCGACCCAUCUCGUCCUGCGCCACAAUGGCGUUGGACAUGUCGGGCAAUUCCAUCGAUUGGGGCAUUUGA